AUGAUCGAUAUCAAAAGCUCGCCCGAUUAUCUGAAUCGGUCCUCCGGUGGAUCAUUCGGUAACUUUUCAAUGUUAUUUGCUGAUUCGUCGUACAAAUCGUCAUGGGGCUCCCACAGCUCGUCCCAGAGCCAAGAUCCAUAUCAGAUGUUCGGUCCUACUAGCAGUAGAUUAGCGAGUUCUGGCUCGGGACAGAUCCAGCUGUGGCAAUUCCUGCUCGAGCUGCUCAGCGAUUCGGCGAACGCCACCUGCAUCACCUGGGAAGGCACGAAUGGCGAAUUCAAGCUCACCGACCCGGACGAGGUAGCCCGGCGCUGGGGCGAACGGAAGUCCAAACCGAACAUGAACUACGACAAGCUCAGCCGAGCGUUAAGAUAUUACUACGAUAAGAACAUUAUGACGAAGGUGCACGGCAAGCGGUAUGCCUACAAGUUCGACUUCCAGGGGCUGGCGGCCGCGACCCAACCGCAGACGGAUCCGACCUACAAGUACCAAAGCGACCUGUUCAUGUCCCCGUACCACCACGGGGCCAAGCUGAGCUCCUUCAUGAGUCCCCACCACAGCAUGACGUCAUCUUCCGCCUCCAUCUUCCCAUCGGCCGCCUCGUGGGGCAAUUGGGGAAGUCCGGCGACGAACCUCUACCCAUCGCACACGAUGAGCCACGUGACGCCAUCGCACGUCGCGCCCCAUCUGGGCUCAUAUCCGCACUACGCAUGA